AUGUCCUGCUUUUCUUUUAGGCAUUGUGGUUAGAAAAAGUGGUUACAUACUUAUCUGUAUUGGAUGUUGGAUUACUUGCUGUAGUCGGCUGUAAUUAGCAGAUUAAUGGCUAGAAUUAAACUGGGAUUAAAAUCAUCAAAGAGAAAAAGUUAAGGUCAUGCUUGAAUCGGUGCAAUGUUUUAAUGCUUUAGACUUGCCUUAUAAUUAACACCCUUUGCUGAUGGCAUGAAUUUUACACCAACAGCCUCAGGAACGCUUUAGACAGGGAGCUGUCAUGGACACGUUUUUCCGCCGUCACUUUAGAAGGAAGGAGGCGGGGCUUCCUAGGCCAAAUGGGGAGGAUCCAGAGCAUUGCAGAAUGAGAAGGCCCAGUGUUGCAGUGCCGACCAGCCGAGCCCGCAGGCGUUCCAGCGUGGGCCUGCCGUCAGCCAUGCUGGCCCAGCGCAGGCGGUCCAGUGUCCAGCUGCAUUCCCUGCCCCACACUGUCCCCAGCCGAUCAGUCAAAAAUGGCAGUGCGAGGCGCCGUUCCAGCACCACCACCCCAGGUGCCAACCCGCGCUUUGCUGUGCGCCGAAAGAAAGCCAGCAAGCUUCGCAACAUUGACACCCAUCUUCUAGGCCCUUCCAUGCUAUUGGCCAGCUUGAUCCAGAUGACCGAGGAAGAGGAGGAAGUUCGUGAUUCGCCCAUUGAGCAGGAGGAGUUCAAAGGACCUCCCCCAACGUCUCGCAUCUGUUCGGACCCUCUGCUCUCAGAAGGGGACAGUGAAAGUGAUAACCUUAGCUUCACUGCUGAAUCAGAUGAAAGUCAGGACUCAGAAACAUAUGAGGACUCUCUCACAGAAGAAGAUUCUUCAGAGUGGGAGUUUAAAAACUCCUCGAUUUUGUGCCAGAGGGAUUGCCUGCCUCUGGGCGUGGUUGUAGAGCGAGUCCAGGCCCACCCACUCAUCCGUGUCCCACGCUGCCUUAGGAGAAAUUCCUCCCAUCUAGGACAUCCUGAAACUGGCCCACAAGGCCGUUACUGUCGAAGCAGCCAGAGAAGACGGCGGAGACGCAUCUCCACCAUCUCCAAGGCAGGCAGCCCGUGGCCAGGGAGAGGCGUACCACUUCCCAGUCGCAGAAACUCCACCUGCCUUCACGCUCACAUUUCACACAACCAACUGAUGGGAGCUCAUUAUGACCCUAGACUGGAAUCGUGGAGCGGGUUCCUCUCGAAAGCUAUUGCUAAAUCUGGUGUUCAGCACCUGAGCGCCCAGUCCAGUGCCACAAUGCCGAACAAGUGUGAAGCUAACAGAGAGAUCUCCCAGACAGUCGACUGGACCGAAAACGCUCUAUUUGGACAGCACGUCUGGUUUGAGACCAGCCUUUCAGGAGAUUUCUGCUAUGUUGGAGAGUCUCACUGCUUUGCCAAAUCACUGCAAAAAUCACUGCCUCGCUACAAAUGUGCUGCCUGCAAAAUAUCUGUUCACACAACAUGCAUGGAGCAGUUAGAGAAGAUUAAUUUCAGGUGUAAGCCUUCAUUCAGGGAACCAGGCACGAGAAACGUGCGAGAGACUACUUCUGUAAGGCAUCAUUGGGUUCACAGGAGGCGACAGGAUGGGAAAUGCCGACAGUGUGGAAAGGGUUUCCAACAGAAAUUCUCCUUCCACAAUAAAGACAUAGUGGCCAUCAGCUGCUCCUGGUGUAAACAGGCGUAUCACAAUAAGGUGACGUGCUUUAUGCUGCAACAGAUUGAGGAGACCUGCUCUCUCGGUGCUCAUGCUGCUGUUAUAGUGCCUCCUUCUUGGAUCAUCCGAGUUCGCAGACAGCAGGCAUCACUGAAGUCGAGCAAACGAAGAAAGAAAACAUCUUUAAAAAAUAAGGGCAGCAAGAAAGGAGCAGAGGAUGGGAAAUGGAAGCACUUUAUAGUGAAGCCAAUUCCCUCCCAACUCAUGAAGCCUCUGCUUGUGUUUGUGAACCCAAAGAGCGGAGGAAAUCAGGGAUCCAAAAUUAUCAGGUCUUUCAUGUGGUUCCUAAAUCCACGACAAGUGUUUGAUCUCUCUCAGGGAGGGCCUAAAGAUGGGUUAGAAAUGUACCGCAAGGUGCCCAACUUGCGCAUCUUGGUAUGCGGAGGAGAUGGAACGGUUGGCUGGAUCCUGUCUGUACUAGAUGAUCUGCAGCUGAAUCCUCAGCCUGCUGUAGCUGUUCUACCUCUUGGCACAGGAAACGACCUGGCCAGAACACUCAACUGGGGAGCGGGCUACACAGAUGAGCCUGUGUCUAAAAUCCUGUCUCAUGUGGAGGAUGGGAACAUUGUGCAGCUGGACCGUUGGAACCUGAGCGUGGAGCCCAACCCGGAGGCCACUGAGGAUGAGAAGGACGAACACCAGACAGACAAGCUUCCGAUCAACGUCUUCAAUAACUACUUCAGCUUGGGCUUUGAUGCACAUGUGACUUUGGAAUUCCACGAAUCUCGAGAGGCCAAACCUGAGAAAUUCAACAGCCGUCUUCGGAACAAGAUGUUUUAUGCAGGGACGGCAUUCUCUGACUUCCUCAUGCGAAGCUCUAAAGACCUAUCCAAGCACAUCAGAGUUGUGUGUGAUGGCAUGGACCUCACUAGUAAAGUUCAGGAGCUGAAGCUGCAGUGUCUGCUCUUUCUCAACAUUCCUAGGUACUGCGCUGGUACAACACCAUGGGGUAACCCGAGUGAGCAUCACGACUUUGAGCCUCAGAGGCACGAUGACGGCUGUAUUGAAGUUAUUGGAUUCACUAUGACGUCUCUGGCCACUCUGCAGGUGGGUGGUCAUGGAGAAAGGCUGCAUCAGUGCCGUGAGGUUAUGCUCACCACUUUCAAGCCCAUUCCAGUGCAGGUGGAUGGUGAACCCUGCAGACUGGCCCCCUCAAUCAUUCGCAUCACCCUCAGGAACCAGGCCAACAUGGUACAGAAAACCAAGAGGAGGAUCUCCCUCCCGCAGCUCAAUGAUCAGCAGCCCUUCUCUGAACAGCUGCAAAUCCAGGUUAGCAGAAUCAGCAUGCAUGACUACGAGACUCUACACUAUGAUAAAGACAAGCUAAAGGAGGCCUCAAUUCCUCUUGGCAUCAUCACAGUCUCUGGAGACAAUGAUUUGGAGACCUGCCGACUGCAUAUUGAGAAGCUGCACGAGGGACGUGGUUCAGACACUGUUACUGUACCAAAGAUUUCACCAAAAUGGUGCUUCCUAGACUCUACAACUGCAGAUCGCUUCUACAGAAUUGAUCGUGCUCAGGAGCAUCUAAACUACGUGACUGAGAUCUCCCAGGAUGAGCUUUUUAUCCUGGAUCCGGAGCUGGUCACUAAGGAGACAGUGGGCACGUCUCCAGGAAUGCCAGGAAUGGUGGAGGAAGUGGCAGAGAGCUCCAACAGCUCUGACCAGUUUGCCUUCCCAGCAAACUCACAAGCCCCCUCUCCACUGUGCAGGGCUGCAGGUCAGAGAAAGCGAAUGUCCUGUGAUGGCACCAACCCAGAGGGACAGACGGAUGCGGUGGUGUCUAUAAAUGAAAGCCUUUGCAGGUCAGAUGAUACCGUCUGGAAUACGGCUGAUAAAGACACUAUUAAGAUGCUGAUUGGAAGUGUGAAGUCUGGAAACUUCAAAAAGUUACAGGAGCUGCACACACAGGGUGCCAGUCUGGCAGUGUCUGAUGCACUGGGCUGCACUCUGCUCCACUAUGCUGUAGACGUUGGCAGCAAGGAGAUGGUCAAAUACAUCAUAAACAAUGCUCCGCCGAGUAUACUGGAUGCUAUGGAAAAAGAGACUGGUGAGACAGCUCUGCAUAAGGCUGCAGCUUCGUGCCACAGGACGAUCUGUGGGUAUUUAGUGGAGGCGGGAGCUUCCCUCAUAAAGACUGAUCUACAGGGAGACACUCCUAAGGUGCAUGCCGAGAGAGCUCUGGACUGGGAGCUGGCCGAGUAUCUGGAGAACCGGCAGCACCACCAAAUGAUCCAGAGGGACGACCAGGAGACAGCAGUGUAAAUAACUGCCUUAUCUCUCCUUCCUUUUUAAAACUUCCUCCGGAAAAAAAUUUCCUUUUAUCUGGAAAAACACAUUUACAACAUGGCUGAAUGAGAACACUGGGACAAAAUGUCAGCAGAAAAGAGGCUGUCGUUUUCUCUUUUGAUUGUAAUGCCAAAUAAUUUAUCAUUUUUGACAUUUCUGCGUGAAAGAAUGCAUGAACGUGCUUGUCUUGCCGUCAUACUGGGAUUGUUUGAGCUACAUGCUCAUGCUACAUGCUGCCUGCUCCUUAGGAAAUAAUGUGCAAAACUUCCUGGACUUCAGGGCUGGAGUAACUAUAUGUAUUAUGUGGCUCUUGAACCGUAUAAAGCAUACUGUCCAAACCUCAAAAAAAUUGUUUUUUAGAGAAGGGAAUAAAUUGAGUGAAGCUGUAUUAUGUCUUCUUUGACUUAAUUCACUCUUGGAGAUGAUUUUGAGAUGCUUAUCAACUUUACUGUCCAUUUUUCUUAAUAUAUUUUAAUAAUAAUUAUAUCUACCUACUUCUUAUAGCAUUUCUUUGUAUGUUUGUCACUUUGGAUAAAUUGUACUCUAUUGAACAGCCACCUGCAUUCAAGUCUGCUUCUUUGGCUGUUGCUUCUGGGCUGUUUCUGUCUUUGGGAAAUGCUUGAAUUUAUGUUGAGUUCUGUCAAAGAACAUAAUUAUUACUAUUAUUAUGUACAUCAUAUAAAGUAACACUGUUAACUACUGUCUUUAUUUUUUCCUUAUUCUCUAUUCAUUCACAUACUAGCCUUUAACAGUAUUUAGUUUUUAUGAUGUAUUACAAUAUAGGAGAGUACAUAUUUCUGCACUGCAACCAUAAUCGUAAGUGUUCUUGUAAAGAGGGGCCAAAAUAUUACUUCACUUAUUUGAGACACCCAAAGAUGUAGUCCUACUAUUCCUUCCCUGUGUUUGAAUUAGCUUUUUAGGACCACAUCCCAAAUAUAUGGUCACUGAAAUAAGAUGUUAUAGGAUUAAUAAUCAAACAGAUUAGUGAGAAAUUACUGUGGGUUAGGGCAUAACAAAGAAAACACAUUAAAAUAUAUUAAAUGUCUUAAGUUCUAUCUAAUGUCUUUCUAAUGUUCUUUCCUUUUCACGCUCUGGGAAAUAAGUUAAUAUAUUACUAAAAAACAUAUGUCACUGCAUAUAAUAGUGAGUCUUUUAUGCUGUUAGCAAAUAUCCUACUGAUUUAAGAUUAUUUUACAGAGGAUGUUGACAUUGUGGGUUCUGUGUUAUAAUUAAAUACAAUUUCUUUAAGUUCGCCAUUGUGAACAGAGCAUGUUGUAAGUGGCUCAUGUUAGAGUUAAGUUGUGCAUUGUCAAUACUCAGUUUCGAGUUGCUGUGCAAUUCAAAUAUAGACCAUAUGUGUAUAUAUACAUACAGUAUAUAAUUCAAGCAUUUAAUAAGAUUUGUGAAUAGUGACCACUCCAAUAUUCUGGCAAAGCAUUUGUAUGACAAAUAUUGCCUAGGUAAUAUUUUAUAUUUAUAUAUUUCAAGAUUAAUAUCCUUGUUUGUUGUUAGGCUAUUUGUUUAUGUCUGCUUGUAAAACAAUAAAGUUACA